AUGACAAGCAGCAAGACAACCUCAGUGCACAACACGCAGAUCAACACAACUAGCCACCAUGUCCUGGCUAUUGUGCCGCUGGUUGUUGAGGGGCCGUCAUCGCGUGUCUUCGACUGGCCACUCCCCGCUCACGGCGUGCUGGCGUGA